AUGGGAAUAAAUAACAGAAGAGCACUAUGGAUCUUCUUCCUAGUCUGGAGUUGUUGUGAAGGCAAAGCACCACUGAAUAUAGUUCAGCUUCCUGCAGUCAACAAGAGUGAAUGUGCUACCUGGGGCAAUUUCCACUUUCAGACAUUUGACCAGGUUAAAUUCAGUUUUCCUGGAACCUGCUAUUAUGUUUUUGCCUCGCACUGCAAUGAUGGCUACCAGGACUUCAACAUCCAGAUCAAGCGCAGUAAAGGGCAAAGAUCCCCUGUCUGCUUCACAGCCAACAUUGAUGGGGUGCUUCUGGAGGUGAAAGGCUCAGGCAUCAUAGUGAAUGGAAAGGAGAUUCCCCUGCCCUACAAUGUGAAGAACAUUUUGUUUGAAGACACCUGUGCUUACUUCCAAGUCACAUCCAAGCUGGGCCUGACUCUCAAGUGGAACUGGGCUGACACUCUCUUACUGGACUUAGAAGAUACUUACAAAGGGAAAGUUUGUGGUCUGUGUGGGAAUUUUGAUGGCAAUGGGAAGAAUGAUCUCUUUUUGAAGGGUUACAAAAUACACCCACGGCAGUUUGGAAACCUUCACAAAGUAGAAGAGCCAACAGAAAUGUGUCCUGAUGUAGCUGAAGAUGAAGGAACAGAUCAGUUUGACCACAAAUACCAAUGUCGUCAGUAUAAAAAAAAAUGUACGAAAAUCAUGUCCAGUUUUGGGAACUGUCAAAAAAAGGUUGCUUUUAAUGACUACGUAGCAACCUGCGCUGAAGAUAUGUGCAUCUGUACAAAGGAAGCUUCUGAUUCUGGAUCUGAUUCUGAUUUGAGUUUCAGCUGUAUAUGCAGCACUCUUAAUCAAUAUUCUCGUGACUGUGUCCUCAAGGGGGCCAAUCCUGGGAAAUGGAGAACCAAAGAGCUUUGCUACAAAGAGUGUCCAAACAACAUGAAACAUAUGGAAUGUGGAGAUCCUUGUGCUGACACUUGUGCAGACCCAGAGAGGAGUAAGAUUUGUAAAGCCCCAUGUACAGAUGGUUGCUUCUGUCCUGCUGGAACUAUUCUCAAUGACCUCAAAGGCAAAAUAUGUGUCCCCAGAGAGAGAUGUCCAUGCAUGUUUCAAGGCAAAGUCUAUGCAACUGGAGAGACCUACUCUGUUCCUUGCCAAAACUGUACCUGUACUGGAGGCCAAUGGGCUUGUAUAUCUCUUCCCUGUGCUGGAAACUGUAAUAUAGAGGGAGGAUUCCACAUUACUACAUUUGAUAAGAAACAGUACAUUUUUCAUGGAAAUUGCCAUUAUGUCUUAGCUAAGGACACUGAGCGUACCUUUGUGGUGGUUGGAGAGAUUGUUCAGUGUGGGCCAUUCAGUACUAUGUCUUGUUUGAAGAAUUUGUUGAUCCAGUUAGGAAAUACUCAUAUACGACUGUGUUCCUGUGGAAAUGUGUAUGUCAAUAAUCUCAUUGUGAUACUGCCAACAACUAGAGAUAGUAUCACCAUGUUCAGACCUUCCACAUUCUACAUCAACAUCUUGACCUCUGUGGGAGUACAGAUUCAAGUACAAAUGAAACCCAUUAUGCAGCUCUUCAUAAACCUAGAUGACUCAUACCAUAAUCGGACAUCUGGUCUUUGUGGCAAUUUCAAUAACAUCCAGACUGAUGAUUUUCGAACGAUUAGUGGAGUUGUGGAAAAUUCAGCUUCAGCCUUUGGUAACUCAUGGAAGACUAUGGCCAGCUGUCCUGAUAUCAAAGACAGCAUUAAAGACCCAUGUGCUAAUAGUGCAGAUAAAGAAAAGUUUGCAAAGCACUGGUGUACGCUUCUGUCCAAUACAAGCAGUGCAUUUGCUUCCUGUCAUUCUGUUGUAGACCCCUCUUCAUACAUCAAGAACUGCAUAUAUGAUACCUGUAAUGCUGAGAAGAGUGAGGAGGCAAUGUGUGCUGUGUUUUCUACAUACUCCAGAGAUUGUGCUACAAGAGGAGUACCUCUGACAGCGUGGAGGGAGGGUAUCUGUGAUGUCUCUGAUUGUCCUGAAACGAUGGUGUACAGUUAUUCCGUGAAGUUCUGUAACUACUCCUGCCGCUCGCUGAGUGAGCUUGAUCGCCUGUGUAGUGUCAAGAGCAUUCCUAUGGAGGGCUGUGGUUGCCCUGAGGGGACUUACCUAAAUGCAGAUGAGCACUGUGUGCUUCCAGAGAACUGUCCAUGCUACUAUAAAGGCCAAAUCAUUGAAGUGGAGAAAUCCUUCCAAGAGGACGAAAUGAUGUGCAAAUGCAUUCAAGGAAGAUUAGACUGCAUUGGAGAAACCAUGAUAGAUAAAGAGUGCCCUCCUCCUAUGUACUACUUCGACUGCACUUCUGCUGGGCCAGGGACCAUUGGAUCUGAGUGCCAGAAAAGUUGUAAGACACAGGACAUGCAGUGUUAUGUCACAGAAUGUGUCUCUGGCUGCAUAUGUCCUGAUGGGCUUGUAUCUGAUGGCAAAGGGGGCUGUAUUGCUGAAGACCAGUGUCCAUGUGUCCAUGGAGGAAGUUUCCAUAAGCCAGGGGAAACCAUCAUAAUCGGCUGUAACACGUGCACAUGUAACAACAGGCAAUGGAACUGUACAGGUAACAUCUGCCAUGGAGUAUGCACAGUGUAUGGAAAUGGACAUUACUGGACUUUUGAUGAAGAGAAGUAUAAUUUCAUGGGCGACUGUGAUUAUAUUCUAGCUCAGGACUUUUGCCCCAAUAACCCUAAUGAUGGCACCUUCCGAAUUGUAACUCAGAACAAUGCAUGUGGAAAAUCACUGUCCAUCUGUUCCAUGAAGAUCACAUUGAUUCUUGAGAACAGUGAAAUUAGACUCUUGGAGGGGAAAAUUCAGGAGAUAACCACUGAUCUAACAGCUGAAAAGAAUUACAAAGUGGAUCUCCGAGGAAUUUAUAUUGUGAUUGAAACUACCCAGGGAAUGACCUUAAUGUGGGACCAAAAGACCACAGUGAUUGUCCAACUGGCACCAUCUUUCCAGGGCAAGGUCUGUGGUCUUUGUGGAGACUUUGACAGCCGCUCAAUGAAUGACUUUACCACCAGAGGGCAGUCAGUGGAGAUGAAUGUGCAGGAGUUUGGGAAUAGCUGGAAAGUUACUAGUACCUGCACUAAUAUAAAUGUGACUGACCCAUGUGCUGAUCAGCCUUUCAAGUCUAUGCUGGGACAAAAACACUGCAGCAUUAUUAAGAGUGAUAUCUUUAGAACUUGCCACAGUAAGGUUGACCCAAUUCCAUUUUACGAGUCUUGUGUCUUUGACUUUUGUGGCUGCGACAGUGCAGGAGACUGUGAGUGCUUCUGUACGACAGUUGCUGCUUAUUCAAGAAGUUGCAGCAGAGCUGGUGUCUGUAUUGACUGGAGGAGUCCUACCAUUUGUCCUGUGUUCUGUGAUUACUACAAUCCUCCUGACAAACGUGAAUGGUAUUAUAAGCCCUGUGGAGCCACUUGUCUAAAGACCUGCAGAAAUCCACAGGGAAAAUGUGGUAACACCAUGUAUAGUUUGGAAGGCUGUUACCCAGAAUGCAGCCCUGACAAACCAUAUUUUGAUGAGGAACAGAGGGAGUGUGUCUCUCUGCUCAACUGCAUGUCUUGCAACCCUGUAGAAGAAUUGUGUGCAGAAGACAGCAAAGAAUGCCUCUGCUGCUACCAUGAGAAGACCUACACCUUAAAUGCAAAUAUCUACAAUAAAACAGAAUGGGGGAGAUGCAGAACAGCUGUUUGUGGUCCUAAUGGAAAGAUCAUUAGAACAUUCAUCCCUUGUGAAGUACUGCCUACAACACUACCUGCUAUAGAAAUGUCAGCAGGGUCCACACCUACAGGGGUCCAGAAACCAGGCAUUAGUUCUCCAAAGUCACGGAAGUCAGGAACGACUACAGUAAUGCCUCUUACAACAUCAGCACCUGCAAUACCUGUCCCAUGCUUCUGCAAUGUAAAUGGGGAGCUGAUUGCUAUAGGAAGUAACAUAUCUCAGACAACUAAUGCUUCAGAUCAGUGUAUUUACUCCAAAUGUAAUGCAUCAUGCCAGAUUGAACGAAUCCAGGACAAAUGUGUAGGACUAGCGGGAGUGGAAUCCCAUAGCACCUACACACCUCUUUCAACAACUACAGUGUCUACUUCCCAAAUACCUCUUGUGACUGAUUGCUUUGAUCUUCUUCCUCCAAGAAAGUUUAAUGAGUCAUGGACCUUUGGAAAUUGCCAGAUUGCCACUUGCUUGGGAGAAGGAAACAAUAUUAAACUGACCAGUGCGGACUGCCCACUUAGGCAAUCAAAUCUCUGUGUCAAUGGUUUCCCAUUCACAAAAUACUUUGAUGAAACUGGCUGCUGUGAAGUCUUUGAGUGCAAGUGUAUUUGUAGCGGGUGGGCAAAUGAGCAUUAUAUGACCUUCGAUGGAACAUAUUACAAUUUCAAAGGGAAUUGCUCCUAUGUCCUGGUGAAGCCAAUCCAGCCAGAUUCCCCAAACUUCUGGAUUCACUUGGACAACUACUACUGCAGUGAUGUUGAUGGAAACAUUUGUUCAAUGUCACUCUUCAUUUUUUAUAAUGAUUCUGUAGUUCUUCUGACACAAGCAGUAGAGCAUGGAAAAGAAGGCAACCUGAUUCUGUUCAACAGUAAGAAGAUGGUACCAAAUUUCUUCAAGAAUGGUAUCAGGAUAACCAGUUCUGGCCUCUACAUUAUUGUUGAAAUACCUGAAAUAGGACUUUAUGUCUCCUAUAGCUAUAAUGUGUUCUACAUAAAACUCCCUUUCAACACCUUUUAUAACAAUACGGAGGGACAAUGUGGUACAUGCACCAACGAAAACUCAGAUGAUGCUAGGAAGAGGAAUGGUGAGAUUACAGACUUCUUCAGUGAGAUGGCAUCUGAUUGGAGAGUGCCUGAUCAUACCAAGAGACCUUGUGAAUUAAGUAUCCCAGAACCCACUCUGACUGAAAUAGAUCAAGGAGUUUGCCCCCCUUCUGCUCUUUGUGCACUCAUCUGGAAUAUGACAGACUGUCACAACGAAGUUCCUCCCCAAGCUUACUAUGCAGCUUGCCUCAGAGAUGCAUGUUCAGCCGGGGGUCAGAGGACCGAAUGUUACAGCCUUAAGACCUAUGCUGCUUUGUGUGGAUUACAAGGGGUUUGUGUUGACUGGAGAAGGAAAACGAAUGGAGAGUGUGAGGCCAGUUGUUCUGGGGACCAGAUCUACAAGCCAUGUGGGAGAAGAGAAAGAAGAACUUGCUUUAGCAGCGAAACCAUUCCUGGUACCAUUCCCUCACAAAGUAAGGCAAAAGUGUUUGUUGAAGGAUGUUACUGCCCUGAUGGGAAGAUCCUGUUGAGAGAUUCUGAAGCCAUUUGUGUUUCUGUCUGCGCCUGUACUGGACCAGAUAGAUUAGUGAAACAGCCUGGAGAGACCUGGGAACAUGAUUGUCAGUAUUGCACCUGCAAUAAGAAUACCUUGAAGAUUACUUGUUCACAUCGAUCUUGUCCAAAGUCUCCACCAGUGAACUGCACUAUAGAAGGAUUUGUACCCAAACCAAUACCACAUCCAGAUGACCCAUGCUGCACGGAUACAGUGUGUGAAUGUGAUGUGAAGUCUUGUUCUAUCAUCAAAAAGGAAUGUGACGCAGGCUUUCAGCCAGUAGUAGAGAUUUCUGGCUGUUGUCCUAUAUUUUCUUGUAUUCCAAAAGGUGUUUGUGUUCAUGAAGGAGUUGAAUUUAAGCCAGGAGCAGUGGUGCCUAAAACUUCUUGUGAAGACUGUGUAUGUACUGAAAUGCAGGACCCUGCCACACACAUAAAACAAAUUCAGUGCGUUCCAGUGAAAUGUGAAACUGAGUGUCAGCAGGGCUUCCGCUACAUGCAGCAAAAAGGUGUGUGCUGUGGCCAGUGUGUGCAGGUGGCCUGCAUAGGAACUUUUCCAUCUGGCACCGUGACCAUUGAGGUUGGGAAGCACUAUAAACAUCCAGAGGAUAAUUGUACUGAGCAUAUGUGCACAGAGUUAUCAGGCCAGUUUGUCCUGACUAGCACAGUAACAACUUGUGCGGAAUUUGAUCCAUUAGACUGCAUCCCAGGGACUCUUACGACAACUCCAGAUGGAUGUUGUAAGACAUGUAAACCUUUGAAACACGACUGCAAACCUACAUCAAAAACAGAGACAAUUAUUCACAACGAUUGUAAAUCAUCGAGACCCAUUUCAGUGCCUUCCUGUGAAGGGUUCUGCAGUACGUACUCUGUGUACUCCUUUGAUGUCAAUAAAAUGGUUCACAAAUGUACUUGCUGCUAUGAAACAAAGAGCCAUGAAGUAGAGGUGGAACUGAUUUGCUCUGAGAAGAGGAAAAUCAAAUACACAUAUAUUCAUGUGGAUGACUGUGGGUGUGUAGAGGCAAAAUGCCUAGAGAAAAAAGCAUAAACACCCAGUGCUGGAGAAAUAUUGACUUAUUUGUAACACAUCCCUUGUAAGUAGUUAAGAAUAUAGCUGUGAGUGAUUGAUCUCCUUCUAAUGAGUCUUUUUCCCUCCACCUUUGCUUUUGCUUCCAGUAAUAUGUGCAGUUGUGGAAAUUAGUUAA